AUUCGCAAGUACUUUACAAGCUAUACGUUACAUGGUUUUCAUAUGGUUUUCGAUAACCCAGAUAAUAGUCUUGUUGUACCUAUGUAUUCCAUCCAAAGGGUUUAUCCCCCAGAUAACUGAUAGGAUCGAAACAGCGGUUGUACAGGAAAAGGGCACUGCCUACCUCAACUGUACUGCGGUGAUAGAAGAACAGCAAGAAUCUCAAAUCAGUUGGUACCGUACUGUUGAUAAACAACAGAUAUCUUCCGGAAGUACACUUAAGGAUCCUGUUCGACGUGGUCCACAUGGUGUAAGUAAAUACGCUGUCAGAUUCCUUCCUGGAAGGCCAAAUUAUGCUCCCAACAUGGCAGGCAUUGAUGUCACUAAACUACGUACCUACCAAUUGAUUGUUCGAUUCGUAGAUAUAAAUGAUGCUGAUACUCAAUUUAGAUGUGUUAUUGAGCUAAGAACCACCCCAGUGGACCAGUGGCCUGUUGCAUAUGGCAUUAUUAUUGUCAAACGUGCACCUGAAAUUCUUCCAGGCUUAACAUCCAAAAUAGUAACAGAAGGCGAGUCCUUAACUCUGAUUUGUCGUGCUCAAGGCUCACCGCCACCACUAAUAAGUUGGACAAGAGCUAAUGGAAGACCACUGUCCCUCCCAGGUUCACCACAAAGAAUUUAUAAUUCAACAUUGCAUAUUCCUCGUGUGGAUCGUUAUGAUCGUGGUGUUUAUCGAUGUUAUGCGGUUAACAAUGUAGCUGGUUCAGCUGAAUAUGAUGUGAUGGUUGAAGUUAACUAUGCACCACAUGUUCGCGAAGCUCGUUUCAAAGGUGCUUAUGGACAGGCACCAGAUGGAAAUUAUGAUAUGACAUUGGAGUGCAUUGUCAACGGAUAUCCUGAUCCUGAUUUACUGUGGUACACUGGGAUUUACGAUCCUGUAACAAAUAAUAUCCCUUUAUAUGAUAACAAUCGGUAUGAACUUGAGAAAGCUCAUAGUUAUGGUGCAGCUGGUACAAAUUUAACUGAUGUAUUUUCUACUCUAUUGAUACGUAAUGUACGAGUUGGUGACUACGGAAACUAUUCCUGUCGCGCGGAAAACAAAUAUGGUUCAAAUUUUGUUGUACUUAGUCUUUUCUAUCAAUCGAUUUGUCAAGGCGCCUAUUGCCCGAUGCUUGGAGCUGUAUCAUUCAAAUCCCGGGUUAAUCAAGAUGGAACUUCAGUGAUCAAUUAAAUGGUUAAGACUAUGUGUAGAAAUUCCUGCUCCUUUUUGUUUUUUGAUUUUUACAAGUAUAUUUUUGAAACCUAAUUUCACUAAAAAUAUUCUCACCAGCCUAUUAUCCCACAGAAAUUUACCACUUUCUAGUUGUACUACUUAAAUGAAGCAAGUAAUACAGACGUUUUGUUUUUAA